UCUGGACUCUCGGAUAAGGUAAGUAUGUAUCUCAUGUCGCGUACUAUGUAAAGCCUGACUCGGAGUACUGAGCACAUUGUUCUAGCCCGACGGCGCCCGCAGCCCUCACUCGAGACAAACCUUGUUUUGUUUGAGACAGUGCAUUAUGGCAAAUCAUGGUCUUCCUUCGUCCAUAAAAGGAGUUCAUGCUGUCCAGCAUCUUGCUGGGUAGCCAAGAUCCUUUAACUCUUCUGAAUGUAUGAGAUCAUGUUUUACUUACAUUCUUGACUAUGUCACCGAAUGUAUCCUUAUCGAUUCCUUGAUCUUAUUUCCGACUUCAGCACUCGUGACUCUGCAAAAGGGGAGAUUAUAUCUUCCGUGUAGUUUUGAUGUUCGCCUUGCUGUCCUCGCCGUCUUACCUAUUUGCUUUGCUGUCGUCAGGCAAUUCAUCAAUAACAGACAGAAUAAACUUUCCCCUCCUCCUGGCCCAGCGCCGCUCCCACUGUUAGGGAACAUCUUAUCUAUCAACACUAAAGAACCUUGGUUGACUUACACCAGAUGGCAAGCUGUGUAUGGAGACUUGCUCCUCGUGCGAAUUCUAGACCAGAAAGUGGUCGUGAUCAAUUCUCAGCACGUUGCAGAAGCCCUACUGGACAAGCGUUCCCGGAUUUACUCUGAUCGACCAUACAUAGCCACACUUGAACCAUUUGGCUGGUCGAUAAACUUUGCAUUCACAGGUUAUGGUGAUGAAUGGCGUCGCUGCCGACGACUCUUCCACCAAACUUUCCGUCCUGACUCUGCACUCAAGUUUCGCCCGAUGCAGAUCAAGCGGGCUCGUGAGAUGAUCGUCAAUCUAAUUGAUGACCCUCAACAUUAUCAUUCCCACUUCGCCACAUUCUCGUCCUCUGUUGCGAUGUCAGUUGUAUAUGGCUACCAGCCUAGUGCUCGUGAUGAUCCUAUGAUUCGAAUCGUGGAAAACGCACUAGCUAUUGGCCUUGACGUGUUGACCCUAGAGAGAGCAUUUUUGGUUAAAACAUUUCCCUUCUUAUUGAAGCUACCUGACUGGUGCUGGGGAUCCUGGAUCAAACACGAAGCUCGAGUUUCGACUCACGGUGCGAAUGAAAUGAGGGACGUGCCGUUUCGAUAUGCGCAGCAGCAUAAGACCGAAGACUCUCGCCUCGGCCAACUUUCGAUGGUGGCAGAAAAUUUGCAACGGAUGGAGAAGCGAGAUGAGGUGUCCAAACCAAUGCUCGAGGCUGCCUUGAAGAAAGCAGCUACUACUGCUAUCAUAGGCUCAUAUGAGACGACUACUUCAACCUUAAUGGCCUUUGCUCUCGCCAUGGUGUCUUACCCAGAUGUUCAAAGACGCGCACAAGAGGAGAUCGACAUAGUGACUGGAAGAGAUCGUUUACCUACGUUCGAGGACAGAGCAUCACUACCCUACGUUGAAUCAGUCCUGCGGGAGACUUACAGAUGGCACCCCAUUUUACCCCUUGGUAUGCCACACGCUGCCUCGUGCGAUGACACAUACAACGGUUUCUUCAUUUCAAAAGGAACGACCGCCAUGUGGAACACCUGGGCGAUUUCACGGGAUGAAAAGCGGUACCCUGAUGCAUCUCGUUUUAUGCCAGAGAGGUUUUUGGACGUCAACAACGUUUUGACGAACGAUAACCCUGCGGAAUACAUUUUUGGCUUAGGGCGGCGUGGAUGUCCAGGCCGAUAUGCUGCUGAUGCUUCUGUGUGGUCUGCCAUCGUGACCAUGUUGGCCAUGGUUGACUUUUCUUCUGCCAAAGAUGACCAGGGCAAAGUGAUCGAUUUUACCCCUCAAUUCACCACGGGACUCGUUCACUCCGUUAUUGUCUUCCCUUGCAGCAUUUCACCGCGCUCCCAUGUCCAUCCAGGACUUGUGGACGUUAUCAGAACUGGAGUGUAAUAUGUAUAUGGGCGAUAGGUCAAGGAAUGCAAACCAAUUGGGAGCGUCAAGCCAGCGCGUUUCUGAGAGCUCAUUGGCCGCGGGAGUCCAGUCAGACAACUUUUAGGUCACAUGCACGUGCCACAUGGCAUGUCUUUUGGUAGAGGAAAAAUUUAAAUGCACGAGAAAAGUUUCCGACGAAAGCGAAUGGUGACUUGCAAAUCUGCAAAGAGCGGUGACCGUAGCAGUCGCUGGAAGGCUCGUAGGUUCAUGAUUUAGUUACUUCUUCCAACUUUAACUUGGUUAGGGAAGAAAGCCCCAUCAUGGAUGAGUGGCGCCUGUUGGGGAUCACAUGACGGCUCAUCUUUACCAAAAUGAUCACCAUGUAACAGGGUGCUCGAUACUACAACC